CUCGCUGAGGCUCAAUCACUCAGCUCUCGGGCAGAACAAACAGUGUACACCGUGUCUAAUACAGAGGAGCAUAAGGAUACACAAUACCCCUCAACACUGGAACCAAGGAGAGAAAAAGCGAGAGGUACCGUUAUACGGCAUAGAAUAAGGAGUCAGAACAAGGGAUUUAACUGAAAAUCCACGUCCACCAGACGACAGGAAUUAACAAAAAACCCGCAUUCUGCAGAAAAUAAAAGGACACCUGCGAAUUAUUUAAAAUAUUUCCCCUUAUGUGUAUUUUUUUUCUGGGUACCGGUAGUGGAUGGAUGUGUAUAGAAUGUAACCUCGUUAUUGUCAUUUCCACUCUGCAUUUUGUGAUUCUUCUACGACAAGGGAAUUGCAAAGAAGAUCUGCAUACAAAUAGGAUUGGGGGUAAUCGAGUAACAGACUCAUACACACGGACACAAAAAGAGGCAAAACGCAAAGGAGAAAAGAGGGCAGAUGAAUGAUUAAUGCAAUCUGCCUACAUGAGGAUUGGUUCUCCGCUUAUCGGAUUGGGGGAGCUUGCAAUGGAACGACUGAACAGACGAGGGACCUGGAACAAACGGGUGCUGCUUCUGUACGUGGCCUUUGGACUUAUAACCGGUAACUCAUCCACGGUGUUGGGAACCCUGGACCUACAGCUGGAUGAGGAGCAGCCAGCUGGCACUAUCGUGGGGGACAUCAGUGCUGGGCUGCCCCCUGGAACCACUGCCUCCUUGUACUUCAUCACAGACUUGGAAAGCACAGGGGUUGGCAGCGACUUGCACAUUGACGAAACCACCGGCAUUAUUAAGACAGCCAAAGUCCUGGACCGGGAGACCAGGGACCGCUACAACUUUAUUGCUGUCACCAUGCAGGGGGUGACAGUGGAGGUAACAAUUGUGGUCAAUGACAUCAAUGACCAUGCACCCAGCUUCCCUAAGAGCAGGGCCACUUUCAAGAUCCCAGAACAAACAGCAAUAGGGACUAGGUUUUCCUUAGAACCAGCAUCUGAUGCUGAUAAAGGCCAGCUUAGUACACAGGGUUACCUAGUAAAAGAUGGCAACAUAGGACAAGCUUUCCGACUUCAGACCAAGAGAGGCUCCAAUGAGGUCUUGUACUUGGAUCUUGUGGUAAAUGGGAUCCUGGAUCGAGAGCAGAUAUCUUCAUAUUCCUUGUACUUGGAAGCUUUUGAUGGUGGCUCUCCAAGGAAGACAGGGCAUAUGAUUCUGGAUGUCUUGGUCCAAGAUAUUAAUGACCAUGCCCCUGUCUUUAAUCAGAGCCGCUAUCACACCCUGAUCUCUGAAAACAUGAAGCCUGGUAGCACGAUCCUGCAGGUGUUUGCCUCAGAUGCCGAUGAGGGAGACAAUGGACUAGUCAUCUAUGAAAUUAACCGAAGGCAGAGUGACCCUGAGCGAUACUUUCUUAUUGACCCACACACAGGCAUAAUAACCCUCAGCAAGCCCCUUGACUAUGAGAUGAGAAAAGUGCAUGAGCUGGUUGUCCAAGCUCGGGACAACGCCAGCCAGCCAGAGAUCACCAAUGCUUUUGUGUCCAUCCAUGUGCGUGAUUACAAUGAUAACCAACCUACUAUGACCAUCAUUUUCCUCAGUGAGGAUGGGUCCCCACGGAUCUCUGAGGGAGCGCAACCAGGCCAGUAUGUUGCACGAAUUUCGGUAUCUGACCCAGAUUAUAGCGAAUACUCAAAUGUAAAUGUCUCUUUGGAAGGGGGAGAUGGCAAGUUUGGUCUAACCACUAAGGAUAACAUCAUCUACCUCAUUUGUGUUGACAAGAUCUUAGACAGAGAAGAAAGAGAUUCCUAUGAACUGAGGGUGAUGGCCACUGACUCAGGGACCCCUCCAUUGAGGGCAGAGUCCUCCUUUACAAUUCAGGUCACCGAUGUCAAUGACAAUCCCCCUCUUUUUGACCAGCAGGUAUACAAGCAAACUAUCCCUGAGGUGGUCUACCCUGGCAGUUUUGUCCUUCAGGUGACAGCCAGGGAUAAAGACCAUGGUCCCAAUGGGGACAUCAAAUAUAGCAUCCUGCAGGACCGUGGGACACAUUCUGAUUGGUUUACAAUCGACCCAGUUACCGGGAUCAUCACCACUACAACAGAGCUGGAUUAUGAGACGGACCCCAAGCCAAGAAUCACUGUGGUGGCCACAGAUGGAGGCCGACCUGCUCUGUCUUCCACAGCUGUGGUCAAUGUAGUCUUGCAGGAUAUAAAUGACAAUGAGCCUGUUUUCGAUAGUAACUUCUACAACGUCUCAAUCAAGGAAAACACAGCAGCUGGAACUUGCUUUCUUCAGGUGACGGCAACAGAUGCAGAUGGAGGAUCUUUUGGCACCAUAUUCUACUCCAUAGGCUCUGGGAUCGGCAGCGUGAUCCCCACCCAGUUCACCAUCGGGAAAGAGACGGGUCAGAUAUGUACCAGGUUUACCCUGGACCGGGACCGGGGGCCCUCCAGCUACGACUUCACUGUCACUGCUGUGGAUGGGGGGGGGCUCAACUCCAUGGCCUAUGUGAAAGUGUUCCUGGUUGAUAUAAAUGAUAAUAGUCCAGUUUUCUACCCGAUCCACUAUGCAGUCAGCCUCAGCACGCAGAGUGCACCUGGAACCUCUGUCAUUAAGGUGACUGCCCACGAUCAGGACGAGGGGCAGAAUGGGAGGGUGACAUACAGCACAGCCCCUGGAGGCAGCUCCCCAUACUUCACACUCAACAAAGACACAGGAGUCAUCUCGCUGUCUCGCUCUCUCCAUGGGAAGGCGAACUCUGUAAUCCAGCUGGUAAUCUCGGCACAGGACGGGGGUGGACUAACAGCAAAGGUCAACGCCCAGGUCAACAUCAGUGUUGUUGCAGGCUCAGUGGUGCCUCCAGUGUUUGAACAAGCACACUACUUCUUCACUGUGUCCGAGGAUGUCCUGAGGGGGACACAAGUAGGCAUAGUGCGAGCAAGCAGUGGACACGGCCAUUCGGAGGGAGUUUACUACACUAUAUCUUCUGGAGACUCUGAUGGUUACUUCACUGUUGACUCAGAGACAGGUGCCCUUCGAACCAGCCGCCCACUGGACCACGAAGCCCAGCCCUCUUUGGAUUUAGAGGUACAGGCCCGGAGUGGGUCACCACCAGCAUUUGGACAAACACAAGUCCGAAUUACCAUUGCAGACAUCAAUGACAAUGCUCCCUCCUUCCUGCCCUCGUCCUCUGAGUCCUUGCUGUUGCCAGAGGCCACUAGUGUGGGCACAUUGGUGUAUCAUGUGAGGGCAGAGGACCGUGACUCAGGCCCCAAUGGGCAGCUGCACUUUGACCUACUCUCCAGCGGGGGGCAGCGCACCUUUGGAAUUGAGCGCAACACAGGGGAUAUCCGGCUUAUUGGUGGCUUGAGCUACGAAACUACGCCCCGUUACGACCUCAAAGUGGUGGCCAAGGACAGUGGGGUCCCCCAGCUGAGCACCACCUUCACACUGGUUGUACAUGUGCAGGCAGAGAAUGACCAAGGCCCUGUUUUUGACACUCUCACCUACCGCGUGGAGCUGAAAGAAGGGACCCCGCUCAACACUCAUUUUCUCCAGGUAAGGGCGUUGAAUCGCGAGACCACUACUACCAGCAGCACUACAGGGUCCUCUUCCACCAUACUGGCAUAUCAUCUCCGCCCAGAUGGAGACGCAGCUGGAUUUGGGAUUGCCUCUGACAGUGGAUGGCUAUUUGUUAAGAGUGUACUAGACAGGGAAACUAAGGACCUUUACCUGCUGACUGUCCUGGCCACCUCGGGUACUGGGCAGCUGAAGAAAACGGGCAGCGCCACUGUGCGUAUUUCAGUGACAGACGAGAAUGACAACUCUCCUCGGCUCACCCAGGAGCGUGCUUUCUUGGCCGUGCGAGAGAACCUGCCCCCAGGGACUGGGUUUGGGAGGGUGGCUGCCACUGAUCGGGAUGCAGGUCUCAACAGUCGUCUAACCUUCAGACUCCUGCAUCCUGACCGAAAUUUUCAGGUGAACUCCCAGACAGGUGAGAUCAGCACUCGGAUGGCCCUGGACCGUGAGCACCAGUCCAGUUUCCAGCUGGUUGUGGUGGUCCAGGAUGGGGGCACCCCUCCACGUAGUGCCACAGGCACCGCACACAUUACUGUACUGGAUGAGAACGACAAUGCUCCUGCCUUCACACACGCACCCCCUGGGAGGGAGCUGGUACUGCAGGUGUUGGAAGGCAAACCCUCUGGAACCUUGGUCGGCUCAGUUCAAGCCAAAGAUCCUGAUGAAGGUGAAAAUGGGACAAUCUACUACUUGCUAUCUGGCCCCAGGGCAGAGCGUUUUUCCCUAAAUCCAAACACUGGAGAGCUACGGUUAGCUGCCCCCCUGACCCACACCGACAGGGCUGACUAUACCUUCACCGUGACAGCUACAGACAGGGGUGCAUCUCCACAGAGCACCUCUGCAGCCCUGCGCAUACAGGUCCUGAAUCCCAGUAAGUUCCUGCCCCGCACAGACUCGCCCACUUUUACCCUGAAUUCUUUAGAGGGUAUCAAACCAGGAUCAGUGGUGGGUUCUGUGGGCUCAAAAGACCUCCAGCGGCACCCAGAGGAGGGUCAAGUGACUUACACAGUAGUGGGCAGCACAGACCACAAUGGCACAUUUGUGGUGGACAGAUUGACAGGUGAUAUCUAUCUUGCACGAGAGCUAGAUUACGAGCAAGGGGCACGUUAUACCCUUCAGAUUGAGGUGGACGACUUCUCCAGAGCCUACCCAACCAGCCGGAUCAUCCUAGUAGAUAUUGACGUGCAGGAUAGCAAUGACCAUGUGCCGCAAUUCCCAGAGGACCCGGUGACCAUUGUCAUUCCAGAAAACAUGGUGGCUGGAUCCUCCAUCUAUACCUUCCAGGCUGUGGACAAAGAUGGAAGUGGCCCAAACAGUGACAUUCACUAUUCCAUCCUCCAGCAGUGGCCCACUAAGGAUCAGAACCUGGCACUAGACCCAGUGACUGGGGUUUUGACUCUGGGAAAGAGUCUGGACCGCGAGGUUACACCCUCCCUCCUCCUCAUCGUGCAGACAACGGACCAAGCGCUUAACGUUAGCCAGCGGCGCUCCAGCUCUGUGACAGCACGAAUCUUUGUGACCGAUGAAAACGACAAUGCACCUAUCUUUAGCUCCCCAACCGCUGUCAGUGUCAUGGAGGACCAGCCAAUUGGCUUUGUUGUCCUCUAUGUGAUGGCCAGAGACUCUGAUUUGGGGGAGAGCGGACGUGUGGCAUAUCGAAUUCAAUCAGGGAAUGCUGGCGGCAGGUUCACUCUGAACCCCAACUCUGGUUCCCUCUCCAUAGUGAAGGCUUUGGACCGGGAAGAGCAAGGACUCUACAACUUGACUGUUGUUGCAGAGGAUCAUGGUUCCCCCCAGCGCACUACCCUGCAGCUACUGUCUGUUCAGGUGAUCGAUGUAAAUGAUGAGGCCCCUCAAUUCCAGGAAGCUGAAUUUGAGGCACAAAUCUCAGAGAACCAGCUUGCUGGCACCUCCGUACUGACAGUCACUGCUACAGACUGUGACCAAGGUUCAAAUGGAUUUGUGACAUAUGGAGGGAUAGUGGAGGACGGGUUUACCAUUGAUCAAGCAACAGGAGUCGUAACAGCAACCCGAGCCCUUGAUCGUGAAGUGCAAGACCGCUACACUGUCACAGUCUAUGCUAAAGAUGGUGGACUGCCUCCUAAUUUUGCCACAGCGACAGUGAGGAUUACAGUCUUGGAUGAGAAUGACAACUCGCCUGCUUUUGAGAAAGACCUGUACCACCUAGAGGUGCCAGAGAACCAGGAGCCUGUGGCCUUGUUCACCAUGAAAGCCAUGGACCGCGACGCUGGAGAGAAUGGCAGGGUGGAGUACAAGAUUGUUGCAGGGGACACAGCUGGUAAUUUCCAUAUUGAUGGCAACUCUGGUGUCCUCUCCACUUCCCAGCCCCUUGACAGAGAAAGGAUUGCCAGCUAUUAUUUGACCAUUGUAGCACGGGAUCAUGGGACACCCCAGCUGAGUAGCACAGCCAGCGUGGUUGUUACAGUCCUGGAUGUCAAUGACAACAACCCCGUAUUCAAAGAAGGUGCUUACGCUAUUGAUAUCUCUGAAGAUGCCCCAAUUGGUACUUUGGUGCUUGACAUAACCGCCACAGAUGCUGACGAUGGAACUAAUGGCAUGGUCCUGUACUACCUGAGCAAUGAAUCACUAGGCAUGUUCAACGUGAAUCAGGAGACCGGGAAGAUCACUACAGCUGGUCUUCUCGACCGGGAGAAGCGAGCAGCAUACAGCUUCCUGGUGAAUGCUGUGGACUCCUCCCCUGCUGAACCACGGAAUGCAAGUGCAAGGGUGACAGUCAAUAUCAAAGAUGUCAAUGAUAACUCGCCCUUUUUCAUCCAGGACCCACUGAUCAUUAACAUUUCCAGCAGCGUCUCAAUCAACCAGGUGGUGGCCAUCAUGAGAGCAGAAGACAAAGACUUUGGGGCCAAUGCAUCCAUUUUCUAUCGCUUUGCCUCCCUGGUGGCUGGGUUUAGCAUAAACUCUUUCACAGGUGAAAUACAACUAGUAGCCCCGCUGUCCUCCAUGACCCAAAUGGAGAGGACCUUGUAUGUGGUGGCCACGGACCAGGGCACACCUGCACAGUUAUCCACAGGGGUGGUGGUCAUUUACGUCAAGGAGGAGGACUACAGGGGAGUCCGCUUUCCACGCAGUGCCAGAGACGUCUCCCUGCAAGAAAAUGCAGCCUCAGGCACAGCAGUGGUUCAGAUCCAGGCGCAGUACCAUGAUGGCUCCAGAAGAGGAAUCAGCUAUAGCAUCUUCAGUGGAAAUAAACUCAGUUCAUUCAGUAUCCGUCCCACAACAGGUGAGAUCUGGGUACAGAACUCAGAUGGCCUGGAUUUUGAGAAGACUCCACGGCUCCGCUUAGUGGUGAAAGCAGACUCUGCAUCCUCUCUCUCUUUCAUGGCUGUCAAUCUCAACCUCCAAGACGUCAACGACAACCUCCCACGAUUCCAACUUCAGAACUACAUCGCCUAUAUCUGGGAGGCACAGGGCUACGACUUCCCCAUCAUCCAGGUAUUGGCAGACGACCCAGACCAGGGCCAGAAUGGUCAGGUGACCUAUUCUAUUAAGUCGUCUACAAAGAGCGGGCUCUUCAAAAUCGACCCCCUGACAGGAAGUAUAACAACAGCAGCCAUAAUGGACAGAGAAAUCUGGACUCACACAAAGCUGGUUGUUACGGCGACAGACAGGGGAAGCCCAAAGUUAGCUGGCACAGCUACUCUCACCGUGGUCAUCGUGGACCUGAAUGACAACAGUCCUACAAUCCCACUGCCACAAGAGCUUCGAGUGCCUGAGAACACCUUAAUUGGUACAGAGAUCACCCAGGUUACAGGAAAUGAUGUGGACUCAGGCCCUGCCCUCUCAUACACACUUCUGCUGGAUGGCGGCUCCAUUGGAAAGUUUGGAAUCCAUCGAUAUGGGGGUGUGAUCUCACUGACUGCCCCGCUUGACUUUGAGGAGAGGAGCUGGCACACACUUACCAUCUGGUCCUCUGACUCCAAACACAAAAGCGAGGCAAACCUGACCGUGCUUGUGGAAGAUGUGAAUGACAAUGCACCUGCUUUCACCCAGGACCUCUACCAGGUAACACUCCCUGAGCACUCGCCACCUGGCAGCUCAGUUGUCAUGGUAACCGCUACUGACCGAGACUCUGGCGACAACGGGAAGAUCACCUACAGGGUGAUGUCAUCAACCAGGGGCGGCUUUUACAUAGACCCGAGUAAUGGUACCCUGUUUAUAUCUCAGAGGGCAGAAUUUGACCCUGAAAAGCCCUCAGUGAGUGUAGUGAUCGAAGCACGGGAUGGUGGAACACCAGCUCUGUCAUCCAACACUACAGUUCAAGUGCAGGUUUCAGAUGUCAAUGACAAUGCACCCCACUUCAAACAAUCAGAGUACAAAGCCACCAUCUCGGAGGACCUGUUGCCAGGCUCCACAAUUCUGACAAUUGAGGCAGUGGACAGCGACCUCUCACGGGAGAAUUGUGGCUUUGACUUUGCCAUUGCCAGCGGGAACCCUGGGAAUGCCUUCCAGAUUGAGAGCAGUGUCCGCUUCCUGGAGGGACAGGGUUUUCAGACAGUGGGGACACUCAUACUGGUGGAGCAUCUGGAUUUCGAGACCACGUCAAGGUACAAUUUGAGUAUAGUAGCCUCAGACCGAGGGGUCCCCCAAAGAAGCUCAAGUGUGCCUGCUGUAAUUACCAUUACCGACUCUAAUGACAACCCCCCCUCCUUUGGACAUACAGAAUACAACGUGGUGCUGAGCGAAGGAGCAGCAGCUGGUACCGAGCUCUUGCGAUUAUCUGCCAAUGAUCCAGACUCCGCUCCCAAUGCUGUGAUCCGCUAUGUCAUCAGCUCAGGGGAUGAAGAUGAGCUGUUUGGAAUGGAUGAGUGGACGGGAGCACUCAAGCUCCUGCGGCCACUGGAUCGUGAAACCAAGGCUUCUCACAUAGUUAUUGUCCAAGCUUCAGAUGGGCAGGGGCAGUUUGCCCUGGCUCCAGUGAGUGUGGAAGUCAAAGACAUUAACGACAACAAGCCCUACUUCCCCUUGGAGACACUGACAGCCAGCAUUAGAGAAAACCAGCCACUUGAUUCUCUGGUCACUGUCCUGCAUGCUAUUGAUUUCGACACUGGUGUCUAUGGCCAGGUACGCUACUACAUGGUCGACCAAACCGGGCAGGCAAAAGACUCCUUUUCAGUGAACCAGGCCUCAGGUGAGGUGCGAGCCAAGCUGACCUUUGAUUUCGAGAAGGCCAACGCCUUCCAGUUCAUGGCACUGGCUUUGGACACUGGCAACUAUUCAGCCACUGUGACUGUACAAGUGCUGGUGACUGGAGAGGAUGAAUAUGAUCCCGUUUUUGUCUCACAAGCUUACUCAUUUGAAGUGCCGGAGGGAGCCACAAAAGGCCAGAGCAUUGGGCAAGUGUUAGCUAAAGAUGAAGAUGCUGGUGCAGAUGGAAUUGUGCUCUACACUGUUGCGAAUGGCUCACCUUAUUUUGGUGUCAAUGAAACCACAGGGGUGAUCUACCUGAAGAUGGACAGUCAAAGCCGCCAUAAUGGGGGACGAUCAAAGAGAGAUGCGCGGCAGAUGAACCUUGAAGUAGAUGCCCAUAGCCCGUUACCAACUUCUCGCAUUACCACUGCCCAAGUCAAUAUUGAUGUCACACACACUUCUUUCGGGCUGCCCCCUGAGUUCAACUUUUUGCUGGUCAUUGUCAUAGCAUCUUCCCUUGCAGCCAUAGUGAUCCUAGCAGUGAUUGCUGUGGCCUUGUUUGUGGUAAGAUCCAGGCGAAAGAAAAAGGAGGAAAAUGACAAUACCAACAUUGCCUCAUCAGGCACUGCCAUGCAGAAACUUGAUGGAGCCCACUUAACAGGCGGAGAGAGGAUCUACCAUGAGGCUCUACCCGGAUAUACAGGCGAGCAAACCUCAGGCAUGGGUGGCACAGGUGGAGGAGCAUACACAAGGGGAGGAUCCCUUGAUCCCUCACACUCCAGUGGUCGUGGCUCGGCAGAGGCAGAAGCUGCUGAGGAUGAUGAAAUACGAAUGAUCAACGAGUACCCACGGGUAUCUAGCAUAUCCUCCUCCAUGCAGGACCACCUCUCAACACGGGGACCUGAUUCUGGGAUCCAGCAGGAUGCAGACCAGCUCUCGGACAUCUCCUGUGAACCAGGAAUGGAGGCAGGACAGUGGUUCAAGGGGAAGAAAAUUGGCAACCUCAGUGGAACACUGUUACCUGGACAGCAUCCCAUUUACAGAGAUGAGGGUGGGGGGUACCUGGGGGUUGGGCGGGGGUUAAAUAUCUCACACCCUAAGGAUUAUGCCUUCCCUGAGGAUGGCAAGCCUUCGGUGGAUGGGUCACUCACAGCUAUUGUGGCCAGUGACGAAGAGCUUAGGGGCAGCUACAACUGGGACUACCUGCUGGACUGGUGCCCGCAGUUCCAACCCCUGGCCAGUGUCUUUACAGAGAUAGCUCGGCUCAAGGAUGAAACUGCUCCCCCCAACCCCAGAAGACCCUUUCAGCCCAAAGCAAAGACAGAUCCCAAACCAAGAAUAGAUCCGCCACCUCUUAUCACUUCUGUGGCACACCCGGGGGCCAAAUCGGUGCCUCCAAAACCAGCCAUUGGACGGACCUUUCCUCACCUGGCUUCUCUCCGCCGUUCCCCCAUCAGCCACGAGGGCUCCAUAUCAUCAGCAGCCAUGUCCCCUAGCUUCUCCCCCUCCCUCUCCCCACUGGCAGCCCGAUCACCUGCUGUUUCCCCCUUCGGUGUUACACAAGGGCCCUCAGCCUCCAUGAUUAGUACCACUGAACACUCUCUAGACCACCCAGGUGAAGCAGAGAUGAGAAUUUAACUCACUGAACACAGCUGCUGCUUGAGGGGGAACCGUCCGUGAAAUGCAUCUGUUUUUGAGUGUACAUUGAAACUGCUCGAUAAGAAGAGCAUACUUUAAUUUGUAGGCCUUUAGAUACAAAAAAAAAAACAACAAUUGAAAACCUUAGUAGUAUUGUAACUCAAUAUGUAAAUAUUGUUUGGCGUUGAGGAGUCAGACAUUCAGAUAUUCUGUGAUCAGUUUCCCAUUAAUAUUAAGGAUCCUUUUGUAAGGGUAUACUAGUCUUUCUUUGAACAAGACUGUGUAAUGUAUUUCUCUGGAUUUCUCCUCCAGUUCCUUUUGCCUCACCAAUAUUGACCAGCACUGGGCAAUAUAUUCUCUAAGCCAGUACACCCAAAAACAAAAAGGAUUCAUAAAUGACUGGUUUGGUGAGUGUUCUGCGCCUGCCAAAUAUUUUGUUAGGGACAAAGGUUGUUAAAUGGCCCAUGUCUGCCAGCCAGCACUUCGAACGAGAGUCAUGCCUGCCAGUGUUUAAUUGACCUGUAAUUCAGUUGGGUUUCAGUGAAGAUUUUGAAAAACUCUUUAAACAAUACUUCUAUAAACUAUUGUUUUAGUUGCGCUCAAUUGUAGGAAGUAUUGUGUAAUGGUAUUUGUUUUAAUGCUUGGUCCCCUGGACCUCCUGAAAGUGUGAAUGUUAUUAUAUGUCAAACAACUAGACCUUUUAACUGUGACUGACAUACUUAGUAGAUUUUACUUAUUGAUUAAACUCAAACUGUCUCUUAGAGGUGCCUCUAGGUUUAUGGUGCUUCCCAUUGUAGAUACCUUCCAAGCUUACCCUGAAACUGAUCUGUAUCCCUGGAUAUAAGCUGUUUGUGAGGUAUAGUUUGUGUGUUCCUCACUGGCUGGCCAGGAGGCUGAGAGUAUGUGGUUCUUAGUAGAGGCUGGGAGGUCAGAACAUUUUAAGCUUUAAUGCUGUUAUGGAGAACUUAAUGGCUCUCCAUACCUCAUUUUGUUUUACAACAUCGCAGUUUAGAAGAAGAGCUGUGCUACAGAGGCCAGAAGAUAUCAGAAGCUAUCAAACACCAAGCAGCGCCUAAAAACUAAAUAAUCUUUUGUAUUAGUAUUAAUUUUUUAAAAGACGUUUGUUUCAGACUACAGUGUGGCAUCACCUUUUGUCAAGGGAGGCCAUUGCUUUGUUCCAGUAUAAAGGUAUGAAUGUAUUGUACAGCCAGAAUAACCAUUUGUGCGUAUGUUUAAUUCAGACUGUUGUUGUAUGUGUCUGUGGAUGAUUAGAAAACUCAUUUUUGUUGUUACACUAAUAAAUAUUUAUAAAAUACUGCUCGCUAAACCUGAAUGGACAAAUGGAAUUAUUGAGAUAUGGAAAUAUGAGGAAUAUCUUGUCUCUUCAGAGACAAUGUUUUGAUUAUUUACCCCUGAUAAUCCAAAGACAGCCUGGAUAUGAAAGGGGCAGCGGUACUAGAAGAGGAAAUGACAUUCUGGUCCUGACUUCAGGUUCAAUAAUGUCUGUCAGCAGUGCUGACCAUACUUAAUUUAUGGACUGUUUCUUACUAAAUAAUUGUAUGUAUGGUUUUUGGUUAGUUUCUUUUUUUUGUUGCAAUACAACAUUACAGUGGGGUAUGUUUGAUUUAUGAAAUAUCCUGCACAGUAUUUAUAGGGAUUUAGCUUUUUUAUGAUGGUCUCUCCUUUCACCUUUUGAUUUUUAUCAUGUACUCUCUACUCCAGGCUUUGACUAUCGUUAACUGUCAAAAAAGAAGAAUGGAAAAUAUAGUUUUAUUCUCAUACGUGGAAGCAAAAACCUCAAAACUUUCUAACUUGUUCCUGAAUAUGUGGUUUGAAGAGAACACUCUUUCCCCUGCAAUAUGGUUGUAAUAUGAGGGAAAAGGUCAGCUGCUUGUUUUUAAAGAUCGACCUUCUUUCUCUGCACUUCCAUAAUUACCAGACUUCACAGAAAUUUACAUAGACCAUGGGCCAUGGAGUGAGUUAGUAACUGAAUUGGGAUACAAAUACAGGUUAUCCUGUCUUAAAGAAUGUUCUUGUACCAAUAGACCAAACAUCCCAGAUCAGAUUGAUAAAAACAUAUUUUACCAUAUUGAAAAAAGUGGAUAGAAUUUAUAACAUAUGAAAUUAGCAAUUAAAAGCAGUGCUUAAAACUUUAAUAAGAUAAAAAUCAAGCACACAUGUACAGUAUACAAAGAAACUGGAAGAUGCCUUAACUGAUGGACAGCGCUCAGUGGUGGGUAAUGUUUUGUGCACUUAAUAUGUACAAUUACCCUUGUAUGAUGAAGCACUGCGCUAGAGUUUUUAAGCAACUGAUAGGUCCGUGAUGCCUUUUGGUCUCUUCCCUUUGGAGAGGGCUAAGCAAUAAGUUUUCUAAUAACAUAAUCGAUAAUAAAAAAUAAUAAUCAGGGUUGUGGAACCACAAGGAGGUCAUGCGACUCUUGUUUAAAAAACACACCCCUCUAGAUCUGUGUGAGAAUUGAAAUAGCCCUGCUUAUAGGAUCCAUAUGUUACAGGAAAAGUCAGAAUCGGGUCAGUCUGAAAUUUUACCGGUAAAUAUCAGCAUUUACCAAAUGAGGUGGUAAAUGUCUGAGAUUAUGAAGAAUUAAAGCUUUUUGGACAUUUACCAGUUAAUCUUAUGUUUUUCCGAAGCGUAUUGGUAUUGCUUAUAAAACAAUUCACAAUGGUGUUGAAGGUGUUCUCCAAAUACAUAGUCGUUUGAUGAAAAAUAACAUUCCGUUAAAUGCAAAUUAAAUCAUUUAGGACCUUAAUUUUGUCAACAGAAAAUUACACUUUGCUUAUGACACACAAUGCGACAAAUACAGACACUGAAUAGAUAGAUAGAUAUAUUUACUUACUUAUUGCAGCAUGGUACACUCUUGUGUCACUUUGUAGUUACACAAGACUCCUGAAGCCUUACAAUGCAUGAAAGAGAAACAUUGCUCAUUAGUCAAAGACACUUGAUAUUCUUGAGAUUUACCAGCAAAUGUCCAAAGUAAAGUGUUAUCAUGUUUAUUUUGUAAAGACAUUCGGUCAUAACAUAACAGAGGUAGAAGUGUUAAAGGGGCUAGGAAAUCUUAAAAUAAACAAAUCCCCUGGGCCAGAUGAGAUUCUCCCA